UUACUCGCUAAAUAGUAAAAGGAGAGGAGUAUAAAUUAAUCACCAUAGUCACAAUAGCCAAAACAAUCAAAACCAGUCUGCUAUUAUCUUCAACAAGGUUCAUAAUCAUCCUUAUACUUAGUAAAAGCUCCAAAGGUUUGAGGUGCUCAGUAAUGGCGGCUAACAUUGAAUGUGCCUCUCCUCGCUGUCAGGGGAGCUUUGUUACUGUUCUAAGCAUAGAUGGAGGAGGUGUGAGAGGAAUCAUCCCCGGAGCUAUUCUUUCCUUUCUUGAAUCCAAGCUUCAAGAGCUUGAUGGAGAGGAAGCGAGGAUUGCAGAUUAUUUUGAUGUGAUUGCUGGAACAAGCACUGGUGGUCUGGUCACCACAAUGUUAACGGCUCCUAAUAAGACCAAUCGCCCUAUUUUUUCGGCCAGAGAUAUUAAUGACUUCUAUUUAAAGCAUUCGCCUAAGAUUUUUCCUCAAAAAAGAUUGGGGUUGUUUCGCUAUACAAGAAGCUUUUUCACCGCCAUUUCUGGACCGAAAUAUGAUGGAAAGUACCUGCACUCUCUGCUGAAAGAUAUCCUCGGAGACACAAAGCUGCAUCAAACGCUAACCAACGUUGUAAUCCCAACUUUUGACAUUAAACUCCUUCAACCCAUCAUCUUCUCCUCAUUUCAGGGAAAUUCUGCUCCAUUGAAAGAUGCUUAUUUAUCAGACAUCUGCAUUGGCACCUCUGCUGCACCAACUUACUUACCUGCUCACUACUUCGAAACUAAAGACUCUAAUGGCAAUACUCGUAGCUUCAAUCUCAUCGAUGGAGGACUUGCCGCAAAUAACCCUACGUUGCUUGCCAUGAAUUUGGUGAGCAAGAAUAUAUUCCAGGAAGGACAAGAUUACUUUCCGAUAAAACCAGUGGAAUACAGUAAGUUUCUUGUUCUGUCUCUCGGUACGGGAGCAGCAAAGGCCGAAGAGUACUACAGUGCGAGAGACGCAGCCAAGUGGGGAGUGUUUGGAUGGCUUUUUAACAAUGGCGGCAAGCCUAUCAUCGACAUAUAUUCACAAUCAAGCACAGACAUGGCUGAUAUCAUGACUUCCAUUUUCUUCAAAACUCAAAAUUCGGAGCAGAACUAUCUUCGCAUUCAGGAUGACACAUUGAUGGGAAACACAUCAUCUGUGGACAUCUCAACGGAGGAGAACUUGAAGGAGUUGGUGAAGAUUGGAGAGAAUUUGAUACAGAAGCCUGUAUCGAAGGUGAACAUAGAAACUGGGAAAUAUGAACCCAUUAAAGGUGGAGGUACGAAUGAAGAAGCCCUCGUUCACUUUGCAAAGUUGCUUUCCAGAGAAAGGAAGAGAAGGAUUAAUGGUGCAAAAAUGGCGGUCGCAGCUUAAACUAUAAUCAAGUUUGCCUCUUGUAUUGUUCUA